AUGGAGUUUGACACUGACCAAGCAACAUAUGAUUUCUACAACAAGUAUGGUAGAAUUAUGGGGUUUAGUAUUCGAAGAGAAAGUAGUGGCAAGAAUAAAAGGACUGGUGAACUCACUUCAAGAAUCUUUUCUUGUGCUAAAGAAGGGUUUCGAGCUGUAGAUAAGCGAAAUUAUAAGAUUAAAAGACCAAGAGCAGAGACGAGGACUGGAUGUGGUGCUCAUAUGGGUGUUAGGUUGGAUAGGCAUACGGGAAAGUUUUAUGUCUAUACUUUUGUUGAACAACAUAAUCAUCCCCUAGUAAAGAAAGAAUAUGCCCAUAUGUUACCAUCCCAACGGAAAAUGAUAGCCUCACAAGCCACUGAAGUAGACUUGGCUGAAGAAUCGGGGAUUCCACUUAGGUUGGCUUAUGAGUUAAUAAGCAAACAAGCAGUGUUUGUUGGUUUGAAUCAUCACAAGGAGAUCGUUGUAUUUGGAGUAGCUUUAAUGUAUGAUGAGAUUGCCGCUUCCUUUAGUUGGUUAUUUAAGACAUUUUUUAAGGCAAUGUCUGACAAGGCUCCAAGAACUAUUUUUACCGAUCAAGAUCCUGCGAUGGCUAAGGCUAUUUUAGAAGUGAUGCCUCAAACUUACCAUAGACUUUGUUUAUGGCAUCUGAUGCAGAAUGCUUGUAAAAAUGUGAAUACUUUGUUCAGAGGUGAGGAAGGAGUUCACAAUGCUUUGACAAAUUUUUUUGACCACAUUGAGGAGGAAAGUGAGUUUGUAGCUGCUUGGUAUUCUAUGCUUGAUGAGUAUGAUGCACAUGAGAAUGACUGGUUGGCCACCACCUUUAAGAUUAGAAAGAAAUGGGCAUAUGCAUAUGUGAGAUCGGCAUGGUCUAUAGGAAUACGAAGCACACAAAUAAGUGAAAGUUUUAAUGCAAGACUGAAAAAUUAUUUGAAGUCAGAUCUCAAUAUUGUUCAAUUUUUCACAAACUUUGAGAGGGUGCUUACCGAUACUAGGUACAAGGAGUAG